GUAACAAUGGCCGACAAAAACAAAUUUUCACCAUCAACAAGUGGUCACAGUCUGUCCAGCCCUGCAUUGAGCCCGGAUGACACAACGACAGAAAAUGCAGAUGAUGAAGAUCCUUCAUUAGAAAACCAAGAUAAUGUUGAGCAGACAUUGUUCAUCAAAAUGAAUGCGCCACCCGAAAACCGGUGGUAUCAUGGUUGUCUUGGGCGACAGAAAGCAGAAGAAAGAUUGAGAACUGCAGGAGAAGUGGGAUGUUACCUUGUUCGUGAAAGUGAAAGUAACAAAGGAUCAUAUGUGUUGUCAUAUCUAGGGAAAAAUGGAAUGACUCAUUUCAAGAUUUCAGCAUAUUGUGGUGAUUAUUACAUUGGUGGGAGGCGCUUUGACUCUCUGUCACUCCUGAUAGGUUACUACACAUCAGUUUCAUACUUACUAAAGGAGGAACAACUUAAAUCUCCUGUGGAACCACCUGAGCCGGUUGAUGAUAAGAGGAAAGUAGUCGCUAUCUAUCCCUUUUCUAAAAUGCCAGAAACAGAUGAACUCAGUUUUGAUAAAGGAGAUGUUUUUACUGUGUUAAAUGAGAUGGGUAACUCCUGGUUAUGGGUGAAGUCACAGACCACGGGAGAACAUGGACAGAUUCAUGGAGCUUUAGUGGAAGAUCUGAACGGAAAUAUUGAUCCAGACGAGAGUUUGUGCUAUUUUCAUCCAAAUGUUACAAAAGAAGAUGCAGUGGAAAAGCUGAGACAAGGAGGACAAGGUAGUUUUUUAGUCAGACCUAGUGAGAACUCACCAGGAAAUUAUUCAUUAUUUGUACUUUGUGACAAGAUAGUACAAAGGUUUAGGAUAGAAAAACACGAGAGACAAUUACUAAUGGGAGGAAGAUACUUUGACAGUUUGGAUGGUAUUAUAGAACGAUACAAGAAAGAAGAAAUCGUGGAGGGUUUUACACUAGUCACACCAGUAGUUAGGGUGACAGGUCAGAUGAAGAAGUCCCAGCUUGAUGGUUCUGCAGAUGACUUGUAUGAAUCUAUUAGAAAUACUUCGCAGGGUACCUUCAUUGGAAGAACCAACAAGUUUGAUUUCAAAGGAUUCCUACAUAUAAGGAAAGGUACACAGAAGAAGAAGUGGAAGAAUAUGUUUUUUGUGUUAAUUGGGAGUGAAAAACAACUGUGCUAUCUAGAAAAUGAAAAGAGAUCUCGACCUAAAGGGUUGAUAGACUUAAAUUUCAGCUCACUAUAUCCAGUCCAUGACAGCUUCUUUGGCAGACCAAACUGUUUCCAGUUAAUCACCAAUGCCAACCCAUACAACCAUUUCCAGUUAUAUUAUCUGUGUGCUGAGAAUGGUGAUGAUGCACAGCGAUGGUUAAAAGUCCUUAAACCAUACUGUGUUAACACUCAACCUAUAAAGUCACAGACCAUGGCUAGAAGAUUGAAGGAGUUACGUACACUGACAGUAGAAAUUGGUGAUGCCCCUCAGUUACCAUCCAAAACCUUGCCACACCCUUAUUGUAUAGUGAAUUUAAAUAAUACAAUUAAAGUGUGUCGGACAGCUGUGAAGGAAGAAUUAAAAAGUUACUGGGAGGAAAAAUUUGUCUUAGAAGAUAUACCAAGUGAUGUAGAUGGUUUCAGCAUUAUGGUUUAUAAUCAAAAUAGAAGAUCAAAAGAUACAGAAAUUGCUCAGAUUGUGAUAAAAUAUGAAGACUUUGAGGCAGGAGAGACCCUUGAUAAAUGGUAUCCCUUACAUCCGACUAAUAGUAUAGUAAAAGGUGGUGAUCUGGGCUCCAUUAGAAUCAGGGCUAGGUACCAACAUGAGAUUAUCAUGCCUGAAGACAAAUACUCCACAUUAAAGGAGCUUAUACUAAAUGGUGAUCUGAUAAACUUAUUAGAACUGUUCAACAUGUGUAGCAGUGAAAGAAUUCCACUAGCAAAAGCCUUACUACAAAUAUUCAGACACGAAAAGCAAGAAAAAGUAAUACUGAAAACAAUGAAUGAUUUUGAAAUUAACAGAGAAGAGGAAGUAUCAACAUUAUUUAGGGCUACGUCUCUUGCCACCACAUUGAUGGACCAGUACAUGAAAAUGACUGCUUCUCAGUUUGUCAGUGAUGCUGUGAAGGAAUAUAUCCUUAAGAUUAUAGACAGUAAACUGUCGUGUGAGUUAAAUCCAGCCAUGUUAGAACCAAAUGAAAACAUUAUCACCAACAGAGAAAAUUUUCAAAAGAAUCUUACAGAAAUGACAGAGAGUAUAUUUAAUUCUAAAGACAGCUGUCCUCCAGUUUUACGCUAUAUAUGUGGUUGUUUACAAAAGACUGUUGCUGUAAAAUGGCCCAGUGAUGAUAGUGUGAAGACCAGGGUUGUAAGUGGUUUUGUAUUUUUACGAUUAUUAUGUCCAGCUAUUCUGAAUCCAAAGUCUUUCAACUUAAUAACAGAAACUCCAUCAGAGACAGCUUCCAGAACCUUAAAGUUAAUAGCUAAAGCCUUACAGAACUUAGCAAACCUUGUAGAAUUUGGUGCUAAGGAAUCUUUCAUGGAAGUAAUCAAUCCAUUCAUUAAGAAAAAUAAGCCAAGAAUGGUCAUGUUCCUAGAUAAUUUAUCAGUAAACCAAGAUAAGAUCUGUGACAGCCAGAAAACAGAGUCCGUAGUGGAUGAUCUAGCCAGAGAUUUGGCUACAGUUCAUCAGAUAUGUGCCACACACUUAAACGAUCUGAAGAAACUCAGUGAAACAAUGCCUUCAUUAAAGAAACUGGUUGCGGUUACAGAAAUUUUGACAGAUCACAAGAAAAGAUAUAUGACUUGAAGAAAGAAGAACUAAUUGUGAAUGUGUUCAAAUCCUUAUUCGAUCACUUGAAAAGUGAAUCUUGAUUGGUUCAUUAAGUGUAGUUCACUUAUAGUGCAACUGAUUGGUUGAUUAUGAUCCACUGGUUUCUUAGCAUUACCUUUAUGUAGAACCAGUAUAGGCUGUGAUAUUACAGUAGUGGCAGAUUAACAUUAGCUUUAAACAAUGGCCACCAUUGAUGUAUUUUAAUAGAUUUUUUUAUGUCAAAGCUGUGAUCUUUAAGAAUUCAAAAGACCUUCAAAACUUAUUUUCUUUUCAAAUUAAGUGUUUGAGUAAACCAAAUUCAAAUGUUAGCCUAAAAAACAUGAAUACUUUAAAGAUCUGUGCUACUUUAUUGAAGCAAUCUUCAUUGUAUGAAUAAUUAAUAUUAAUAAGAAAUCACUCCAAAAAAAGGAAAUAACUUAUGUUGUGCCCUGUUUUGAUAAUGGUCUUUUUACUUGUUUAUUGAUAGCAUUGUUGUUAAUGUAUGACACAAAAUGAUGAAUUGGUGCCUCAAGCUUAUGUGUUCAAAUGAAUGUAUUUUUUUUCUGCCUGUGAUACUGAUUUGUAAGUGCUUUAAAAGUUUAUAUUUCUCAUUAUGAUAUCCAUCAUUCAAAAGGUAGAUCAUUCUGAUAUGUUAUCAAAUUCAGGCAACUUAGAUAUCCUUCAACUAAAAGCCUCCUUUUGAUACCUUUUUUCUCUUCCUGAUAAUCAUCCUUUAAAUAAUUAAAUUCACAUUUUGAUCAUGUAAAAUAUAUGUUGUCCCAAAGAGAUUUCUACAUUUUCAUCGAAAAAGAAAGUAAUUAUAUAAAGUUUUUAAUUAUUUGAAUAUUUUAAUCCAUUUGUUAUCAGAUUUGUUAUUAAAACCACAAAAUUUUUACUGAAUAUUUUAACUAAAUAACUUUUCCCACUAAACCCUUAACUAUCUGCUUCCUGUCAUGUCCAAAAUGCUUUUAAUUUUCAUCUAGUGCAGGUCACAUAACAGCUUGACUUUAUAUGACUGAUUACUUUUUGUUUUUGAAUCUAUUUGUCAAGUCUUUGUAUUGUUAUAUAUAAAAAUAAGAAGAUGUGGUAUGAUUGCCAAUGAGACAACUCUCCACAAGAGACCAGAUGACACAGAAAUUAACUAGUAUAGGUCACCGUAUGGCCUUCAACAAUGAGCAAAGGCCAAACCGCAUAGUCAGCUAUAAAAGGCCCAUAAAUGACAAAUGUAAAACAAUUCAAAAGAAAAAACUAACGGCCUAAUUUAUGUACAAAAUAAUGAACGAAAAAUAAAUAUGUUACACAGCAACAAAUGACAACCACUGAAUAUAGGCUUCUGACUUGGGACAGGCACAUAUGGAAUGUGGGGGGGGGGGGAUUAAACUUGUUUGAAGACGCCAAUCCCUCUCCUAACCUGGGACAGUACAACAUAAGAACAUUAUUUUUUCAAAUUUCUCAAGAAAUAGACUACAACUAGGGAUUGGUGGCUAAAGUUAGGAGAUAUUUAGUGAAAGUAAAUUUUUAUUGGUUCUGAAAUGAUAUAAAACAUGUAAUUUAUUGGUACUGAAUAUUAAUUUUUUAUUCAAAAACUAAAUGAUUUUGGCACAAACCAAAUCAAUUAAAUUGCCAUAAUAAUAAAGCUAUACAUAGAACCAUAUGGGAAUCAUAUGAAAUAAGUGCCUUCUCAUUACCAUUUUCUUAUCAGAUUAGAAAUGCACACAAGCAGUAUAGAGAAAAUCGGCAGACUUUAUUUUGCCAUUACUUUAGGUGACAAUCAUUUAAACAUUUACUAUAAAUUCAUUAUUAUUUGUGGGAUUGCAAGUUUUGUUGAUUUUGUGGGAAAAGGGUAAACCAUAAUUUUCAAUGUUUGACGAAUAUUCUAAAGGCAUGAAUGCAGACUUCUUUGGAAAAACCACGAAUUAAAAUACCCAAAAAAAUCCAUUUUUUAUCAAUCCACAAAAAUUUAGUAUCCACGAUAGUAAAGAAUCUAUAGUAGAGUGUUAUGUGCAGUUUUAGACUAUAGUUCAUAGAUAAAAUAUUAAAUGGCCUACUUCUGUUUGCAGUUCUAUAUAAGUCUUAGCUUGGAAACAAAUCCAAAUUAAAGAAAUAUUUUAUAGAUGUCAGUUUAUUUGGUAAUAAAUGAGAGGUUACAAUCGGCCAACAUUGUUACAGAUAUCAAAGUUUGUCUGCUAGAUUAUGGUACGUUACUUAGCCAUGUUUUAGCAGAUGUUUGAAAUUGUCUUAUCUUUCACAUACACAUGUACCAGAAUAUAAUUGCAAUACAAAAUUACUUUGAUGUGGUAUGAUAGCCAAUGACACAUCUCUCCACCAGAGACUAAAUGAUGUAGAUGGUUAUCACUGUAUGUUCUUCAUCUCCUAGUAGUUUUUUAUGUCCAUGUCUGUCAAUAUUUAGUCAUACCACAUAUCUCCUGUCUCUUAUACAAACUGUAUGAAAAAGUCAAAAAUCUGUGCCAAGUUAAUAUAUAUUAUCAUUAUAAUAGGACUGUAUACUAACAUUUAUUUAAUGUUUUGAUGGUUCAAUAUAGGGAAUCGUUUCAUAUGUGAGCUGGCUCACAUCUUCAUUAAUGUCUAAAUUCUUUAAAGAAAAUAACAAUUAAUAACACUGUUAAAAAAUGCAAUUUAAAGCUUAUUAUCUGAUGAAAUCAUUCUUUUUGUUUGGUGGUUUGCUGUCAUUUUGAGGGAAACACCACAUCUCUUUUGACUCUCUUUAUAAUAGUAUUCUUAAUGAUGUUAUAAUUAAAGUCUGGAUGGCAGUGCUUAAAAAAAAUAUAGGUGAUAUUUAUACGAAUUUAUGAUAUAGAAAUAGCUUUAAAAAAUCCUCAUAUGUUUUAUUUUUAAAAUCGAAGAUAAAUUGAACAAAAAGACCUAUUAAUAAAUACUUCUUGUUUGAAUAGACAAUGUCCCAUUUUGUUUUCUGGUAAUCAUACCACAAAUAAAAUGUUUGCUUAAAGAAUGAUAUCUGAAAUUUAUUCAAACUUUUUAUGAAAGAUUAUCUAAUAACAUUGUACUGCAAAUUUUUGAGAUGCUUUAUAGAUUGACAUUUGCAUUUAGGUCUAGAUGCACUAGACUAAGUUCAAGGAGGAUUUCCUUUACCGGUACAUUUCGGCAUUGUCAUAUAGAGACUCUUUUUUUUUUGCCAGUAUAUUACAUUUAUAUGUAUGAUCAAGUAUGUUUAUGAAUUUCUAACAUUUCUGUACAUAUGAAAACAUAAUUUAAUAUUUAUAUUUUACUUUAAUUUAAAUUCCUUAAAUAGAUAAUUGUUUGUAUUUUAUUUGAUUUAUUGAAUUGAGAAAGUAAACAUCAGUCGUAUAAGCUAGUUAAGGUAGAUUUUUUUAAUGAUAUUUUGUAAUAUUUUAAAAGAAGCACAUGUGCAAUAUUUUAAUAAAAGUAUGCAGUCUCUGGCUGUUGAAAUA